AUGCGAGGCGUGGUGCGCUAUAGGGACCCGGAAAGCCCCUAUGCCGAGAGAACGCCUGUCAAGGAUUACAGGAUGCGGACGGACUGGGGCAUCUACGAGGACCCCGGCCAGCUGACGGGGGGUAUCUACAGUGUGAGUGACGUGGCCGGGGUGGGGGUGUACCACGAGGGGGGCGACAUGGGGGAGGAGGGGGGGGACGACAACGUGUAUGGCUUCAACGGCCGCAACACUUCCCGGCUCUCGACCGGCCAGUGGUCCAGUACACACAGUCUCGCGGCCACCUCGUCUCCCGCUCGUCCUGCGCUCACUGGAUCUACCUCGGGAGGACUCCGGAACCACUUGGGAGAGAGUCAGAGGCGCUCCCAGGGGGGCACCUACAGCAGGGACUCCAGCAGGCACCAGGACUACCAGCGCCCGUCGCGCAACACGUCCGUCGAGCCGCUCUACAGGACCGUAGAAAAGCGCAGCAGCGAGCGGAACCUUCACGGAAGCGGCAGAUCUUCCCAGCGGCGGAGCUACACGAGCAACUCGAGGGGGGACUACGGGAACGGCUACCGGAGCCUCAGGAGCUACCCGUCGGCGGCAGAGGACUACGACGACAGAGAGCCCAAGAGCUUCGACCACGGCGGCAUCAGCAACGGCUACAGCUCGCGGUCCGUGCCCGAGUAUUCCUCGCGGAGCCACGACAACUUGAAGCGCAGCAGCAGCAAGGACUACCUCAGCUCGAGUGACAUCUACGGCACGCGCAAGUCGUACCCGUCGGAGACCCCGCCCAAGGGCAUCCUAACCAACACCGGCAAGUACGGCGGCGGGAGUCGCAGCAGCCUCACCGCCUCCAACUACACGAGCGGCAGCCGCAGCAACCUCGCGGCCUUCGGGAGCCACGGCGCCGACGACAAGGCCGACCUCUCGGGCUCGGACGCCUUCGAGAAGCGGGGGAGCUCGUCGCUGCCGAGGGCGUCGCUCGUGCUCACCAGCACCAAGGGCAGCCAGACCGAGCUCUCCUUGGCCGACGACCUCACCAAGCCGCCCGACGGCAGGGGCUCCAGCAAGUCGAGCCUGCAGGUGCCCGACGCGGGAGGCAGCGCCAGCAGCAGGCACAGCAGCAGCAGCACUCAGCAGGUUUCCUUCAGCACCGGAGGGGCGUCCGACAGCAGCCAGUACGGCGGGAAGGAUGAGCGGAAGUACGAUUCUCUGAGUCGGAAGAGCGGCGAGAAGCGAGCGUCAGAGAAGGGGCGCAAGGCCAAGGGCACCAAGGACGAGCAGAACCAGACGGACGACGAGAUGAGCCAAUGGGGCGGCCACAACGGCGGCCCCGGCCAGUGGCACGACCGCGACGCCUACUACGCCCGCGACGACCAGCACCACCCGCACGCCCACGGCCGCCUGGCGCCGCCCCUCCCGCGCCCGCCCAUGCCCCCGCAGCACUACCCGGGGCACGACGGCCAGACGCACCCCAACCACACCCACCAGCACGCCUCCGACCACAGCCCACACCCUUCCCACAACCACGCCUACCACAGCCACGGGGCCAACCACGCCCACCACGGCCAGCACUCGCGGCACCAGUCCUCCUCCGGGAGCACCAGACAGCUCGUCCACGCCGAGUCCACGGAAGACUCCUAA